AUGACUGAAGAAAUACAACCUCCUUCUUUAGAUUUACCGUCUCCUCGAUUUAUUGAGUCUUUAGAGUUUCAACCAAUUGACCCAAAAAUAAAGGAACAAUUUGACAAUUUGUUAUUUUCUAAUGACCAUGUUUUACUUGAAGCACUUACCCAAACACUUAUUAUCCGUUCGCCAUGUGAAGAGGCAACAACAAAUGCACAUGAAAUUAUGAUGUAUUAUUUUCAUCAUGGAAGAAUGAACUCAUUAUUUACUUGGGCUUUUGAAAAAGAAUUAUGUAAUAAAGGACAAGAGACAAAUACGUUCUUUACUCCUGACUCAUUAUUUUUACAAUUAUAUCAUGCAUAUGCCAAGGAAUUCUUGAUGAAUUAUUUACUUGCUAGUUUAAAACCAUCAUUAGAAGAAUUAGUUAAACCUCAGUCAAGAAGAAUAAGUCUUUCUUCAGGUAUUCAGUCAUUGUCUUUUGAUGAUGAAAGUCAAUUAUCGAGAGAAGAUUAUAAAGCAUUUCAAGACUUUUUAGUUAGACUGAUUUCUCAAUGUAAUGAUAACUUAUCAAAUAAUUGUCAAGCUUUACCACAACACUUUUCACAACUAAUUCAAUCGAUUAGUGCAAUAUUACGUUCUCACAGAGUAAAUAAAAGAGAUAUAGUGAAAAGUGUAUUUAGAGAAUUAUUUUAUAAUUACACAUUAUCUCCAUUAAUCACAAAUGCAGAAAAAUAUAUUCCAGGUGCAUGUUCCAUUGAUUAUAUCAAUAACAGGUAUCGUUUAAAUUUCUUUAGAAUGACUUUAGAAAAUCUACAUUCCAGUGAUUGUCAUCCACAAGAUAACUUUUUGUUUGAAAUUAUUCCACUUAUAUCUAAUCCAGAUCCUUGUAAUGAUAUAUUAUCAUACUUACUUAAACAGCCGUAUGAAGAAAAAUAUCAAAUUGAUACAAUUCAGUGUCAUCAUGACUUCAAUACUUUUAUUGUAAUUAUUAAAGAAAACAUAUUAACUACUCUUGACUUUCUUCCACGAAGAAUUGGAGAUGACUUAAUUGAUCUUGUUGGAGCAUGUCAUUUUGUAUUAGACGAUUAUCAAAUCUAUCGAUCGUUAAUGGACUCAAUUAAUUUAUAUAAUGAAGACUACAACACUCAAAUGUGUAAGUCAAUUGCAAUUUUAGAUCAUACAAAAAAUGAAAUAAAAACAUUAGAAAAACAAUUCUUAAAAUUACAAAAGUCAUUAAAUAAAAUUCAGAAUGAAAACCUUGAACUUCAAACUAAAUUAGAAUUAACAAAGCCUUUUUCUAUUGUUCUUGAAGAUAAAUAUCAAAAAAUUCCUUUUGAUGUUUACCUAUUGAAACACGAAGAAAGCCCUACUUUAUCUAGAAAGAAAAUUGAUAAUUCAUUACAACCUGAUGAUAAAACCAAAAAAGGUUUUGGAUUAUUUAAAAGAAAUAAAAAAGGAAAUUCUCAUAAAGAUUCUAUUAAAUAA